AUGGCGCCCCCUAAGGUCUUUUUCACCGGUGCUACCGGCUAUAUCGGCGGCGACGUCUUCUACAAUGUCACCCAGGCCCAUCCUGACUGGGAGGCGACCGUCCUGGUCCGGAACAAGGAUAAGGCCGCCCAGCUCACCAGCAAAUACCCCAACGUGCGAGUGGUGAUCGGAGACUUGGACUCGGUCGACGUCAUCGAGGAGGAAACCAAGAACGCCGAUAUCGUCUUCAACUGCGCCGACUGCGACCAUGUCGCCUCAGCCGAAGCGAUCGCAAAGGGCCUCGCCCACCACACCCCCGAGAAGCCCGUGUGGCUGAUCCACACGUCUGGCACGGGUAUCCUGACCGUCGAAGACUUCCGCACCAACACCUGGGGUCUCUACCGGACCAAGGAGCACGACGACUGGGAGGGCGUCGACGAGCUGGUCAACAAACUGCCCGACGACUCUCUCCACCGCGACGUAGACAAGAUCAUCAUCGAAGCCGGGAAGCGCUCCCCGGACAGCGUCAAGACAGCGAUCGUCUGCCCGCCCACGAUCUACGGUCCCGGCCGCGGCCCCGGCAACCAGAAGAGCAUCCAGGCGUACUGGCUGACGGCGGCCGUCCUGAAGCGCAAGAAGGGCAUCCUGGUCGGCGAGGGCAAGAACGUCUGGCACCAGGUGCACGUUCAGGACCUGAGCGACGUCUACCGGUUACUGGGCGAUGCGGCCGUCGCGGGCGGCGGCAAAGCCACCUGGAACAACGAGGGCUACUACCUGGCUGAGAACGGGCCCUUCGUGUGGGGCGAUAUCCAGCGCGAGGUGGCUAGGGUGGCUUACGAGAAGAAGCUGAUCCCGUCCCCUGAGGUUGAUUCGUUGUCGGAUGCUGAGGUCACCGAGCUGAACAAGUUCGGCCUUUAUGCUUGGGGAAGCAGCUCGAGGGGCCAUGCGCUCCGUGCGAGAAAGUUGUUGGGAUGGUCGCCUAGCAAGCCUAGCUUGAAGGAGCUUAUUCCGGAGAUUGUGGAUAUUGAGGCGAAGGACUUGGGCUUGGUCUUUGGCACCCCUGUCAUGGCCCCAGGUGCUGGAGGAAAGAGAAAAAGAGGUGACCGAUCGUGGUCCGGCGACUCCACGCACGACGGCCAGCGGCCUUCUCCCCACCGACCGGGUGGCCUCAACAUGGCCCAACACCCACACCCCUCUCCUUCUCGCGAUUAUUCCGAAAAUACGCGUGGAAGAUCGCGGAGACAGCCAGGCCGAGGAGGUAGAGGCGGGUUUAGUCGCAGACACAGCGGGGACGGGCAUCCCCAUCCGACCGCCUCAAACAUCCCCCCGACCCCCGUCCAACCCCCUUCGCGCCCGCCGCCGCCGUUCGACUACGAAUAUGUUACGGAUAGUGUGGUGGAGGAAUGGGCCUCGACCGGGCGACAGCGACUCGUCGAGAACGGUAUCCGAGCGCGGAACGAGGAAGACGUGUCGUUGUUUGCCCUUUAUGGCAGGCUACCCCCGGUAGAUGCAGGUGCUGCCAUAAAAGAUGUUAUCGGGGCAGAUGUUGCGGCGGAGGACGUCAACAUGGACGGCCAAGGACAGGCCACGACGGCCUUAGAUCCCCGCUCACUGUUCCUGGACACCUUAUCCAUUGUCACAGAUUCUGACACAUCGAAUGUCGCGCUGAGGCCAUUGGUAUUCUCGACGGCGAUCAACCCUGCCCUUAUGCGCCUCCAGCUCGAAACACCCCUCCUUCAAUCGCUCGGACUCACAAACCUUCUUUAUCGCCAGUCCAACUACAAUCUGCUGAGAGAAGAAUCCGAGGGGUAUUCUAAGCUGCUCACCGAGUUGUUUACGACGAGCAACAACGAGCCGCCGUCAAGUGAAGUUGUCGAAGACACCUUUGAAAAGGUAAAGGCAAUGGUCGGCGCAUUUGACAUGGAUGUCGGCCGCGUCCUCGACGUCACCCUCGAUGUAUUUGCUGCUGUUCUUGUGAAGCAGUACCGAUUCUUCGUUAAACUAUUGCGCGUCAGCUCGUGGUGGCCCAAGGAUGAUAUUUUCCGCGGCUCUGGCAGAGACAACCGUGACUCCGGACUCCCCAAUUGGGCUCUACCGGGCUCUUCGGGAUGGAUCACCACAGACGAGGAGCGGCUCCAGGCAAUGCAGGCAAACGAACAUCGAGACCAUGAGUUCUGGAACAGGGUCCGGGAGAUUGGGAUCCGGGCUUUCUUCGAAAUUGGUCGCGAGCCCAUCUCCAAAGACGAGCUAAACCGUAUCCUUCCAGAGUCAAACAGUCUCUCCGAAGAGGAACUCAAGAUAAGGAAAUGGAUCGACGAGACCGGAACAUUACCACCUAAGGGAAGCAGGGUAGCCGCGCAGCUACUGGGAUUCAAGCUCCGCUUCUAUUCCUCCCGCGCUCGCUCUAAGGCGGAUGUCCUCCCAGAUAACCUCAUCUACCUGGCCGCCUUGUUGAUCAAGGUCGGCUUUAUUUCACUCCGUGACCUUUACCCCCACCUCUGGCGACCAGACGACUCCAUGGAGGCUCUCAAGGAAGAAAAGAUUCAAGAGAAGGCAGAAAGGGAGAGGGCCGCACGACCUGGUGGCGGCAUCAAUGCCCUCAUGACGGCUGGUGCUCUGUCCGAUGAUACGCUACCAGCCCCUCGUAUGCGCGAUUCGGAGGCGCGUUCGGCGACCCCUGGCAAAGAUCAAGACGCAGACAAAGCCGCGGCAAAGGCGGAAGAAGACGAAUUGCCGGAGCCGUCAGAUCAGAAGGUGCUCCUUCUCAAAAGUCUUCUGGCAAUUGGCGCCCUUCCGGAGUCUCUUUUCUUUCUAAGCCGAUUCCCAUGGCUGAUGGACACUUAUCCCGAGCUUCCCGAGUUCAUCCAUCGUAUUAUUCACCAUUGCCUGAGUAAAGUCUACGCCCCUCUGCGCCCUCCCACGUCGAUGGAUGAGUUCAAAGAACCAAAGCAGAUCAUGAGUCAAGAUCAAUCGGGCGUCCCGAAAGGUCAAAUUCGGUUGAGUCAGGCGCCCCCACCGCGAGUUCUUCGAUGGGCUCAGCUGGACAAGGAGGAUACGAAUGACGGAACCGACUAUCGAUUCUACUGGGAUGACUGGGCCGACAAUGUGCCCAUCUGCCAGUCCGUCGACGACGUCUUUGCUCUUUGCUCCUCGUUCCUCAACCUAUCUGGCCACAAAAUAGGGCAGGACCCGAGCUUAUUGGCGAAACUUUCGAGGAUCGGCAAAGAUAGCUUGAAGAAAGACGAUUCGCCGGAAAACAGAGCUCGCUGGCAGGAUCUAUGCAAGCGUCUAUUGCUUCCAUCGAUCAGUUUGACAAAAGCGAACCCGGGCGUCGUGAACGAGGUUUUUGACCUCGUGAGCUUUUUCCCGCUCGACACACGGUACAACAUGUACGCUGAAUGGUAUUCCGGGCAGACCUCUCGGCUGCCCGAUAUUAAGUCUGCGUUCGAUCAGGCACGAGCGGAAACGAAAGACGUGCUGAAAAGAUUGAGCAAGACCAACAUCAGACCUAUGGCUCGCGCGUUAGCGAAGAUUGCGUUCGCCAACCCCGGAAUUGUCAUCAACGUUGCGAUCAGCCAAAUCGAAUCCUACGAAAACUUGAUCGAGGUGGUCGUGGAAUGCGCACGGUACUUCACCAACCUCGGGUACGACGUAUUGACCUGGGGUCUGAUCAGUUCCCUUGGCCAAAAGGGGAGGAGCCGUCUGCUUGAUAAACGGCACGAAUCCAAAACUACUUCCAAGCGGCUGAUGAAGUCUCUCACGGUCUCCAAAUUAGCCGGUCAGCUGCUCAUUGCGAUUGCCCAGGAACGCUGGACUUGUGUCUUCAAGGAAUCCGAUGGCUCUGAUGAACUGAAGUUGCUGGGUAACGUUUUCGAUGAGAUCCACCGUAUCUUAGCCCAGUACCUCGAUUUGCUCCGCAGCAACUUAACCAUUGACGAGUUCGAUGCUUUCGUACCUGACCUUGCUUCUCUUGUUCGUGAUUUUGGCGUUCAGCCUGAGAUCGCAUUCUGGAUUCGCAGACCGAGUGUCGCCAAAAGGAUCGCCGAAGUCGACAGAGCAACACAGGAGGAAGCAGCGGCAGCAGCUGCUGCUAAACCCCAGGACAUCAAGGCCGAAGUGCCAGAGACUGAGACCGACAAGAUGGAGACGGCAGAUGACGGUGAACCGACAGCGACAGAAGCGCCAACUGUUAACUCCAUGGAUGUCGACAAAGAGCAGUCUCAGUCAACCGAUGCCGAUGCUGCCAAUGCAAUGGAGCAGACGACCGUGCCGAUCCCUGCUGCUGCUGAAUUGCCUCCUCUGAACCCGGUCAUACAGGAUCUUCAGGACCAAGUCAAGUCCGCUCUGCCUUCCGACAACUGGAAUGUCGUUGGGUUGCAAUUCUACGUGACCUUCUGGCAGUUGUCGAUUUACGACGUUCACAUACCCCAGAAAGCCUAUGAGGAUGAGAUAGAUCGACAGAAGAGGAAGGUGAUGGUCAUCAAUAAUGAUCGUUCUGACAUUAGCAUGGCUGGGACGCAGAGAAAGGAGCGAGAAAAGAAGCAGAUCACCCAGCUUCAAGAUCAAAUUUUGGAGGAGAACAAGGCCCACCUCAAAUCCUACGGCCAGACGCGAGGAAAGCUGCAAAAAGAAAAGGACCGAUGGUUUGCCGGCAUGCGUGGGAAGCAUGAUUCUUUGAAUGUCGCCCUCCUCGAGCAAUGCUUCUUGCCUCGUCUGCUUCUUUCUCCCAUUGAUGCGUUCUACUGUUUCAAGAUGCUGAAGGUCCUUCAUACAUCUGGAACUCCGAAUUUCCGGACAGUUGGUCUAUUAGAUCAACUUUUCCGGGAGCAAAGGCUCACUGCGCUGAUUUUCCAGUGUACCUCGAGGGAAGCAGACAACCUCGGGUGCUUCCUGAACGAGAUCCUGCGUGACCUCACCCGCUGGCAUGCAAGCAAGGUUGUCUACGAAAAGGAGGCCUUCGGAAACAAGAAAGACCUCCCCGGGUUCGCCAUGAACGUGGACCCCGAGGGGAAGCCUACAAUGUUCCUGGAGUAUGAGGACUUUCGCCGAUUGCUGUACAAGUGGCACCGCCUUAUAGCCGCCGCAUUGAAGAUUUGUCUUAAUGGUGGAGAGUAUAUGCACAUUCGCAACGCUAUCAGUGUGCUCAAGGCGAUCGUCCAGCAUUUCCCAGCGGUCAACUGGAUCGGUCGCGACAUGCUAACGAGCGUGAACACUUUAAGCCAACAGGAUGAGCGGGAUGACGUGAAGAUUCCCGCCGCCUCACUAAUUGGGGAUCUCAACCGGCGGGAGAAGAAAUGGAUGCUUCCCCAGGAAUUUAUGAUCACCAACCAGCCACUUGCAGUAGGUAAAGGCAAGAACGAUUCUACAAGUGGCAAGUCCGGGACUCCACGCCCUAAGUCUACCACACCGGCUCCACUGAACGCUGCUGCGACCGAAUUCCAGCCUUCAGCAGCCAACGAGUAA